AUGAAUGACAUAUUUGUAAAUCUAAGCGAUAGCCAUUGCCAUUUUAACCCAGAAUGUACUGCUAGUGAUACCGAGAAAUUUGCAAGUAAACUCAAUGAGAAAUCAAUACAGAUCCCUAACAAUUACUUCCAUUUGAUGACUACCCAGCAUUUGGAUCUUGAAUUUAUCGAUACGUUACUAACAAGGUUGGACAAUCCAAGAGUGCUAGUUCCAUACUUUGGUGUACAUCCUUGGUUUUCUCAUUUGUUUUAUAUUGGAAACACACCACCUUCCAAGGAGGAACAUUACAGAAAAGUUUUGAAACCAGAACCUUCGAAUGAAUUAUUGGCUACUUUGCCUGAUCCCAUAGACCUACACAAGCACAAAGAUCGAUUUUUAGAGAUCAUCGACAAGCACAAGCUCGAAAUAUUUGGGAUUGGCGAAAUUGGAUUGGAUAAACUAUUUAGAGUUCCUAGUAACGGCUACUGUGGUAAUUUGAAUUUCCCAACCUCAACUGAGAAUAGAUUGUCUGCUUGUAGAGUUGAUAUUAGUCAUCAGUUGGAGAUUUUUAAAUAUCAACUAACUUUAGCUGAUCAAUUAAAAAAGCAGGUAUCUUUGCAUUGUGUGAAAGCUCAUGGCUUGUUGUUUGAUGAAGUGAAAAAGUUCCCCAAUAUUACAGUCAUCCUACAUUCAUAUACCGGGUCAAUUGAACAAGCACAAGUCUGGAUAAAGUCGUUACCAGAGGAUAAGCUCUAUUUUUCAUUUUCAAAUUGGAUCAAUGGGGAAAAAGUAGAAGCACUAAAGGCACUUGUCAGGGCACUUCGACCAACUCAAAUAUUGGUUGAAUCGGAUAUAGACGUAGACAGAAGUCUUAUUGAGGAGAGACAAACGCAACACUUUGACCAUCUUAAUGGAAUUUACAACAAGAUUCAUGAGUACAUUUUUAUAGAUUCAUUACAAAUUCACAACAACAUGCUAAAUUCUAUAGGCAUAUAG